AUGCACUUGAUGGUGCGAUGGCACUUUCCACACCUCCGCGCUUGCGCCGAUGCACCGCCGUUGCCGCGUCCCGCCGAUGGCAUCUCGUCAGGAGAUGACAACGCUUCUGUGAUUUCAUGCUCCUUGGACUUGCAUCAUGUGCUGUUUUGCGCGACUCUUGGUUGUGAGGCGGCGCUGUGCAUAGCACGGUGGUCCGUGGAGGCACAGGUGGCACGCCAGGAACGGAUCUUGAGUGCUGAGGACCGCGCAGAGCUGCGCAAGCUCUUGGACAGCGACGACAGUGAAGCUUGGCCUGGUUUAAGAGCGCGCUCGGGUGCUGCAGCGAAGGGCUUCUGCAGCACCUCUUUCGACUCGCUGACUGAAGCAAUGCGGCGGCAGCCACCAGACGGGCCGGCAAUGAGGAUCGCAGCGGAGUCGAUGCCGCUGGUUUCCGAGAAAGAUGUGCGGCGACAGGUGCACGAGCUGCUUCGCCGCUUCUAUCCGUUUGUGCAUUGUCAAGUACGUGGGGGACACGCCACCCUACGCUUUCGCACCCGCCCCGACGGCAGCAACGAUACGCUAACGAGCGAUGCAGCUGCGCGCUCAAGGCGCAGCGCCGACAUCGGUGUCGGCGCUCGGCGCACCCGCGCAGAAAUGGAGGGCCGGCCAGGGGACGCGUCGCCCUUGUCGGCUGCUCCGGCGUACGUACACAUCGUUGUGAGGAAGCGCAACUUGGACACGGCGGAGAUGCGCCAGCUGCUGGGCGAGUACUUCGGCGUGAAGGACAGCUCCGUUUGCGUAGCAGGCAUGAAGGAUAAAAGGGCGGUCUCGGUGCAGCGGUGCUCUGUCCCUGUGGUCGCCACAGGCGGCGAAGUGCACAGUCGCGUACGCGCGCUCUUGACGAACGCCGCGGCUGUCCAGCCUGUCACGCUGCGCUGGCCGGCAGACUCGCAGCAGAGCUACGCCGUGCUCCUUCGUGCGAGUGCCUCUAGUGUGCCAGUACAUCUCGGGCAGCUUUCCGGGAACUGGUUCUCGCUACGUGUUCGCGACGUGCGCUGGGCUGGCGAGGCAGAUCGCAGGAUGUGGCCGUCGCCGGCGACGGCGUGCGAGAACGUGCAGCAGCAGGAGGAGGAGGAGCUCCGAGCAUUUCUCCAGUGCCGCUUCGCUCGGUGUGCAGAGGCGGGCUUCAUCAACUACUUUGGUCAACAGCGCUUUAGCGAGACGGUUGAGCGCGUCGAUGACCACACCGGCGUUCACCUCUUCGCCGCUCGAUGGGUAGCGGCAGUCCGCAGCCUUUAUCGCGCGUGCCCCGACGUUUACAACGCAUUCCCUGACAAGAUGGAGGUGCGCUUCGUGUCCAGCAACUCGCGCGACGUGCAGGUCAUGACGCACGCCCUCCGGCAGACGUAUCGCAUGUACUUCUCCGACUGCCCGCUCAGCAGCGCUGACGUGCAGAACGAGAGCGAGGUGUGGACGCGCUUGUGCGCGAAGGCCAUCACGGAGGGCGUACCAUUCUACCUCAGAUCCCUGUGGGUGCACGCCGGACAGAGCGUUUUCUUCAACCUCGCCGCCUCCUACGUGGCCUCCAGGGGCUUGGCAAGGCCCAAAGUGACAGCGGCAGCGCCCCACUUGGACGGCAGUGGCGACCCCCACGCCGCUUCUUCAGCGGCGUGCACGAGCAGUGGCAGCAGCACAUCAGAGCAACCACUCGCGCCGCUCUCCUGUGACGUUCUUGCAAGCGCGCAGCUGCCGCUCAGCGGCUACCACGCGGAUCGAGCUGCGCUGGACGGCACCCAUCUCAGCGACCCCGCGUCGGCCGCGCUGUGGGCGCAGUGGAAGGACGCCGCCAUCCAGCACGCCUUGCGGGAGCUGCGCUGGACCUCGGCGCAAGGGUUUGAGCAACGCCGCGUGGCUGGGGUGCCGGUGCCCGGCUCGUGGCGUGCAGUUGUUGCACGUCCCACCAAUGCCUCCCUCGAGUGGGAAACAGAGGCGAGGGCCAAGGCGCAACGGCGCAGCUGCAGCGGUGGUGGCGGCGAUGCUAGCGCGGACGCAGUGUACAGCUCUACAAUGCAGCUUUCCUUUGCGUUGCCUCCGUCGUGCUACGCCACCGUCUUUUUGCGAGAGGUGCUGGGGUGCGACAAGUGGUGGUGA